AACAAUUGUAUCAAUCAAUCAAACAUGUUGAGACAACCUACAUUCUGGGAGGACGAAUUCAAGCAACCUCUAUUAAAAAUGGAUCGUGGAUUCAUCAAGGAGGAGGGAGUUGACAAGAUCAUUGAACGCAUGGCAAACUGGAGAAAACAGUUGAACAUCAUCGACGAGGAACUAAAGCCAAUUGAUUAUGGCACUGAGGAGCCACAGAGAAUAUUCGUUCUCGACGCUGAGAGAACUUUCGAAAACGACGAGAGCAAGAAGAGACUCGUCAGAAUAUUGACAUACUUGAACAAGCAAUUUGGAGACUAUCAACAAGGAAUGUCAUUCGUCACAAGUUUCCUCAUGUUGGGAAUGGAGGAGCACCAAGCGAUUGCAGUGUUGAUAAAGAUCAACGCACUGUUGCCAGGAUACUGGAAGCAUGAGGCAAUCAACUUUGGAACAGAGGCCUUCACAUUCUAUCAUUUGUUGGGCGACUUCCAUCCAAAGAUCAAGGCACACCUGGCUGCCAAUCUCAUUGAUCCAGCCACAUUCUGUCAACGUUGGUUCCUUGGUCUGUGCGUGCACUGUCUGCCAUUCAGACAGCUGUUCCGCUUCUACGACCAGUUCUUUGAGGGCGGACGCGACUACCUCUUGCGCUUUGGUCUGGCAUUGUUUGGCGCGCUCUCUGACCUGGUUCUCGCCACCACCAAUCCCAAUAUGAUCUUUGGUCUGCUGCGCUUGGACACGGGCGUCGCCACGACCCUGACCGAGAAGCACUUCGACGAGAUCCUGGACACCACCGCCAACUACGACAUUAGCAAGUACGACCUGGAGGCCAUCCGCAAGGAGCAAUACGACCUGAAGCUCAAGAAGCGUAUCGAGUCGGCACACAAGGUGCACGAUGCAGUCGAGGAGAUCUCUGACUGUCAGUGGUGCAUGGACAACCUGCCCGAGCUGUACUGUGUCGAGUGUGGCAAGGUCGUCUGCCAAGACUGCGUCGACGACGGCAAGGGAGAGAACCACACCGAAGACCACAAUCUCAUCUCACUGGAAGAGUACGAGGAUCAACUCGCACAGGCCAAGAAGGACAGAGAACAAGAAGCCCUCACAACCAAGUUG